CAACAAGACAAGGAAGGAGAGGCUUGUCAUCACCAGCAGCUGACUGAGAGAAGAAACUUAUUAGAAUGGCGUCCAGGCAGUCGACACUGGCUCCACUGGUCCCACUGGCCCUGGGUCAGCCAGGCGGUAACACCACGUUUGUGUUGGACUGUUCAGCCGACAUGCAAGCUGGUCUGGAGUCUGUGAAGGAGCUUCUGGUUCAGACUCUUGUGAGCAAAGCUUCCCGCAGGGACUCGCUCUUCAACAUGGUGUCCUUCUCAGGAAAGGUAAGGAUGAAGGUGUCGUUCCAAAGUGUUUUGUGGGGGUCUGAUUUUGCCCGCCCCCCAUGACAGGUAAACUGCUGGUCCCCCUACAUGCGCCCCUGCACCGCCCACUCCGUGUACACAGCCCUGUCCUGGAUUCGCUCCAUCACCUGUGGCCCAGGAAAGGACUUCCUGUCUGCCCUGACUCUGGCCCUUGCAGACCCAUCAUGCCAGGUGGUCCAGCUGCUCAGCACCUCCCUGCCUGACCAGGCGGCUGCCGCCCUGAGGGUGCUGCCCGACUUAGUGGCUGGGAGGCCCGUCAACAUGUUUUACCUGUUGGACGAGGGACGUCAACUGGAUGUCCACACAAGAAACUACCUGCACGGUCUGACUUGCGCCACAGGAGGGAGCUGUUAUGUGAUUCCUGUCAAUCACUGCGGUGACCUGGACCAGCCAGUCCCGCUUCACUGUGCAGAAAAUACCUGUGCAGUCCAGUGUUGCUGUCCACCCAUCUCUGCCUGCCUUCCAGCACAGGGAAGAACAUCCACACUGCUGUUCAGGGGUCACCUACUCCAUCCAGCUACUUCCUGCGAGCUUCCAGCCAGAACAUUGUCCAGUUCUGAGUUCUUUCCAGGUUGUCGGGUGCUGGCCAGGAAGGAGAUAGAUGCUUUUUAUUACCUUGCUACUGUCAUACAGCAAGUGCAGGGUCACAGGGGAGUGUGGGUAGUGGAGUUUGACUGUUCAGGAAGUGUCAUUUUGGGUGCUGACUUCCCCUGGCGGCGGCAGCAGCAGCAGCUGGUUUGCUCCCCCGACAUGGUCAAACACUGUGAGACAAGCCCAGCUUCCCUGCACUGUGGAGAUGCUGUCCUGUCACCAUGGGAACCACACCUGCGUAGAUACGGCCCUGGAAGAGUGACAGCUGUAAGGGUGCAUGGAGACACUUGUGGAGGAGAGGUCCAAAGCAUGCUUCAGGUGCAAAUGUGGCACGUGUGCAUCUCUCUGGUCCCAGCCAGUCUGGUUCAGCCUAUUUCAGCCCCUCAUUAUAGUAGAAUAGUGCUGGAGCUCCACAAACAGACGUCAUCUCUCCAUGGUUCUUGCAGCUCAUGGUGUGUGUCUGCAUGCUGCUUGCACCCCUCCACAAAGUGUUGGUCCUGCUCUGCAUACAACAGAUGGAACGUUGGGUCCAGCCUGGAAAGAAUAAAUGGAUGUGACACGACACAGACUGAUGAUGUAAUGGAGGAUGACACUAAUGUGGCACUAUCAUCCUCCUCUGACGAUGAGGGUGCGCUUCUUCCUGCCGUUAAAAGACGUGGAACCCAGCAACGUCUUCCGUGGAGGUACUGGAGAAGAACAGGUCCCGAACCGCAAUGCACACAACGAGGGUGAAGAAUGACAUUCACUAGCGAUGAAAGGGAAUUUUCUGUGUUAAAAUAUGCUCAAACAAGAGGCUUAUAAAAAUCUAUAUCCGUUUGUAAUAACUCUUGUUCAACUCAAGUCCAACGAGGGCCGUAUGCUAAAAAAUGAGACGAUGUUGGGGACCAUUUUGAUAUUUUUAUGUAUUUUUUAAAAUUUGUGAACAGGCUAAGAAAACAUAUUAGAACAUUAGUUAUUAAAAAGCAUUUUCAGCUUUGUCUCUUACAUUGUGGCUCUUGGCUCUAUUAUCCACAUUUUUUCUGGGAUUUUUGAUAGCAAAUGGUCCCCAGGCCACACUUUGGACAUCCCUGGCCCUUGUUAACAAUACCAGUUUUUGGGGUGUCCAAAAUGCAGCCCUGGGGGGCAUAUUUGGCCUGCAGCUCAUUUUCUAUUGGCCCUGGGCAUAUUUUAAAAAUAAUAAUUGAUAUUACAUUUGUUUUGUCACCUAUAACACAAAGCUAAGGUGUGGAUGUUUUGUUCUGAUAUCUUAGCAUAUACUGACCUACAUACACACAUACAGUACAUUGAAUUGCCUUUAGUAUCUUUAAUGCACAAAAUGUAGCAAAGUGGCUCCCACUGCAUUCG